AUGGAGGGUAUGGCAGGCAGAAGGGGAGUUGGAGGCAGAAGUGGAAAGUUUGCAGGCUCCUUCAGACGGACAAGCGGCUCAUUUAUGCGUGCCUCCAUCAAGCGCACCACAUCUGGAUCACAAAAGGCUCAGAAGGCAUGGAUAGAGAAAACAUUUCACAAGCGGGAGUGCAUAUAUCCGUGUCCAAAUCCCAAAGAGCCCAACAGAUGUCACUGUGGUCACUUGAUCGGACAACAUUCAUCUUUCCUUCUUAGCGUAUCAUCUCAUAAAAGUGGUGAAGAGAACAAUCAGCUUGUGCAGCCUGAAACCCCAGCAGAGAAGUGGUCCAUAACCAAGCACACUCGGACUUUGCCCACAGAUGCCUAUGGUAUUGUUGAGUUUCAAGGAGGUGGUCAUUCCAACAAGGCCCUGUACAUCCGAGUUUCAUAUGAUUCAAAGCCAGACAACCUUCUUCAUCUGAUGGUAAAGGACUGGCAACUGGAGCUUCCAACCCUCCUCAUUUCAGUGCAUGGAGGCCUUCAGAAUUUUGAAAUGCAACCUAAGCUCAAGCAAGUAUUUGGGAAAGGCUUAAUCAAGGCAGCCAUGACAACUGGAGCCUGGAUAUUCACUGGUGGCGUCAGCACUGGAGUCAUCCGUCAUGUUGGAGAUGCCUUGAAAGACCACUCAUCUAAAUCACGAGGAAAGAUCUGUGCCAUAGGAAUUGCGCCUUGGGGAAUUGUAGAGAACCGGGAAGAUCUGAUUGGAAGAGAUGUGACUAGAGCAUACCAGACAAUGUCCAAUCCUCUGAGUAAGCUGUGUGUACUCAACAGCAGUCACUCUCAUUUCAUCCUGGCUGACAACGGCACACUUGGCAAGUAUGGUGCUGAAGUGAAGCUGCGUCGACAGCUGGAGAAGCACAUUUCCUUGCAGAAGAUCAACACAAGGCUUGGGCAAGGAGUUCCAGUUGUAUGCCUCAUUGUUGAAGGUGGCCCUAAUGUCAUAUCAGUGGUGUUGGAAAGCCUGCGGGAAGAUCCUCCAGUGCCUGUGGUCAUCUGUGAUGGAAGCGGCCGGGCAUCGGACAUCGUUUCUUUUGCUCACAAGUACUCAGAGGAGUCAGGAGUCAUCAGUGACAGUCUCAGGGAUCAGCUUCUUGUGACCAUUCAAAAAACAUUCAAUUACAGUCGCAGCCAGUCACACCAGCUUUUAAUCAUGCUAAUGGAGUGCAUGAAAAAGAAGGAGCUUAUCACAGUGUUUCGCAUGGGUUCAGAAGGUCAGCAGGAUAUUGAGAUGGCCAUUCUGACAGCUCUGCUAAAAGGUACUAAUGCUUCCGCGCCUGAUCAGCUGAGCCUGGCACUGGCCUGGAACAGAGUGGACAUUGCACGCAGUCAGAUCUUUGUGUAUGGACAUCACUGGCCGCCCCUCAGUACACUUGUGACUACAGACACACCAACUCAGGAGAAAGAGAAGAGUCCAGCAGUUAGCGUUCGGGCCACCCGUGGAAAAGGAAAAGGCAAAAAGAAGGGAGGAAGAGGCAAAGAUGAACCAGAUGAAGAAACCGACCCGCGAAAAUUGGAGCUGCUGAACUGGGUCAAUUCGCUUGAACAAGCCAUGAUGGAUGCCUUAGUUUUAGAUCGUGUUGACUUUGUUAAACUUCUCAUCGAGAAUGGUGUCAACAUGCAGCGUUUUCUUACAAUCCCAAGACUGGAGGAGUUGUACAACACCAGAUUGGGACCACCAAACACUCUGCAUUUUUUAGUCAGGGAUGUUAAAAAGGGAAAUCUCCCCCCAGAUUAUCACAUCAGCCUGAUUGAUAUUGGGCUGGUGCUUGAGCACCUCAUGGGUGGGGCCUACCGGUGCCACUAUACCAGGAAGAGCUUCCGUACACUUUACAAUAACCUGUUUGGACCAAAGAGGCCAAAGGCUCUGAAGCUGCUGGGAAUGGAGGAUGAUGAGCCACCUUCAAAGAGCAAGAGAAAGAAAAAGAAAAAAGAGGAAGAAGCCGACAUUGAUGUAGAUGAUCCUGAAGUCAGUCGUUUCCAGUAUCCCUUCCACGAGUUGCUGGUGUGGGCAGUACUGAUGAAACGGCAGAAGAUGGCACUUUUUCUAUGGCAGCGUGGUGAGGAAGCCAUGGCUAAAGCACUGGUUGCGUGUAAACUAUAUAAGUCAAUGGCCCAUGAGUCUUCUGAGAGUGAGAUGGUGGAUGACAUCUCCCAAGACCUGGACAACAACUCAAAGGAGUUUGCUCAGCUUGCCUAUGAACUGCUGGAUCAGUCCUACAAGCAUGAUGAGCAGGUGGCCAUGAAGCUUCUCACGUAUGAGUUGAAGAACUGGAGUAACUCAACAUGUCUCAAGCUAGCAGUAGCAGCAAAGCAUCGGGACUUCAUUGCACAUACCUGCAGCCAAAUGCUGCUCACCGAUAUGUGGAUGGGAUGCCUGCGCAUGCGCAAAAACCCUGGCCUUAAGGUUAUAAUGGGAAUUCUUCUACCACCCACAAUCCUCUUCCUUGAAUUUCGGACCAGUGAAGACCUUUCAUAUCAGACUGGUAGUCAGAAUGAAGAAGGGAAGGAUAAGGAAGAGGACAACACAGUCAGCAAGGAUGGCAACUUAGAAAACAGCUCUAAGAAAGGUGACGAGGAAGAAGGAGAAAAAAAGCAGAGAAGGGUGCCUAUUGGAACCAAAAUUUAUGAAUUUUACAAUGCUCCCUUCACCAAGUUUUGGUUCUAUACGAUUUCAUACCUAGUCUACUUGAUGCUAUUUAACUAUGUCAUUCUUGUUAAAAUGGAGCGCUGGCCGUCUAUCCAGGAGUGGAUUGUCAUUUCCUACAUCCUGACGCUUGCCUUAGAGAAGAUUCGAGAGAUUUUGAUGUCAGAGCCAGGCAAGCUGAAGCAGAAGAUUAAUGUGUGGCUGCAGGAGUACUGGAACAUCACCGACUUGGUGGCUAUCUCUGUGUUUUUAAUGGGAUUGCUCCUUCGGCUGCAGGCUCAGCCAUACAUGGGCUAUGGGCGCGUCAUUUAUUGUGUGGAUAUCAUCUUCUGGUACAUCCGAGUGUUGGACAUCUUUGGAGUGAAUAAGUACCUGGGGCCCUAUGUCAUGAUGAUUGGGAAAAUGAUGAUUGACAUGCUAUACUUUGUGGUGAUCAUGCUGGUGGUACUGAUGAGCUUUGGUGUCGCACGUCAGGCAAUCCUGCAUCCAGAUGAGGAGCCCACCUGGCGUCUGGCUCGCAACAUCUUCUACAUGCCUUACUGGAUGAUCUAUGGGGAGGUGUUUGCAGAUCAGAUAGACCUCUAUGCCAUGGAAAUUAAUCCACCAUGCGGAGACAAUUUGUACGACGAGGAUGGAAAGCGCCUACCUCCAUGCAUUCCUGGUGCAUGGCUCACUCCAGCCAUCAUGGCCUGUUAUCUGCUGGUGGCAAACAUCUUGCUUGUAAACUUACUCAUUGCAGUCUUCAACAACACCUUCUUCGAGGUGAAGUCCAUCUCAAACCAGGUGUGGAAAUUCCAGCGCUACCAGCUCAUCAUGACCUUCCAUGACAGACCAGUUCUGCCACCACCUCUCAUCAUCUUUAGUCACAUCUAUAUCAUCAUCAAGAACACCUGCUGCUGCUGCAAGAAGAGGCAAGAAGGAGACUUGGACGAGCGGGACCGGGGACUAAAAUUAAUUUUGAAUGAUGAAGAAAUGAAGAAACUCUAUGAAUUUGAAGAACAAUGUGUGGAUGAGUACUUCCAAGAGAAAGAAGACAAGGAACUUUCAUCCAAUGAUGAACGAAUCCGAGUGACAUCAGAAAGGGUUGAAAAUAUGUCUAUGCGCCUCGAAGAAGUCAACGAACGGGAACACUUCAUGAAGGCAUCACUACAGACAGUAGAUCUGCGUCUGGCUCAACUGGAAGAGUUCUCAGCACGAAUGGCAAAUGCAUUGGAGAAGCUGGCAGGAGUAGACAAAGCAGAACUAAGCCACACUCACUCCAGGGCUUCAUCAGACUGUGACCCCACAUGUCUUCUAAGACAGAGUAGCAUCAACAGCUGUGAUGGUUAUGGUUGGUCAAGGGGUCACCUCGAAGGAGAAGAUCAGCCUUAUGACGAGACUGAAGCAAUGCUGUCCCCUGCAGUGCCAAGAAGGGCCGGAGUCGACAAGGGCGCUGAGGACAAGAGGCUUCUCUCUAGCCACAUGGACUCGCAUUCAUCCUGUGCCAACACUGACCCAGAAGGCCUACAGUCUGACAAGCAGUCAGGUUCCUGUGUGGACAUUUUGAUUUCAAGGAGCAAACCAAGUCAUUCAGAUAGUGCCUGCCCACAGAUACUGGCAACUUCCAAAUUUGGACAUGAAAGCUCUGGUUUUGGAGCAGAGCGAGCAAAGUUGGAAGCAGCAAUCUCCUACCCCUUAGAGAGAUCGACAGCCAUGCGGUACUACCCUAUGGAAGCCACCAAUCCAUCAUGCACAUUGAUGAAAUCCCGAAGUAGUUUUCUUUUUCCUCCAACAACGGGGAACGAUUUAUGCACGGAUUCCUCGACGGACUCCAUAAGACAGCUUUUUGUUGGUCAGCAGACACAGUGCCUAGAAUAUAAAUUUCAUCCAAGUCCUUAUGGUCUGCCUCCACGUGUCUCCAUCCUGAGGCUGACUGAAAAGUCACAAUUUACUUCUGAGGCAGUAAAACAAGCCGAAUGUAAUCAGUCACUCCCGGGCACAGACGACAACAGCGAUGUUUGUCUGCCGGCUGCUGAUAGGACAGAUGUUGACCACUCUCUUUUGAUGGCAGAUGACAGAAUGUAUCCAUCUCUCAGGUCCAAAAGUUUGAACAGCAAUCCCCGGAAGGGGAAAGCUGUAGGAGAUAAUUUGGAUAAGCUCAGAUGUACGAACAGCGCCAUGGACAUCACGGUGGCAUGUGGGAACACAACAGAGAAGGACAAGAAAGAUGAACAGCUAGAACAGUCCCCUGAAACGGAUUUUUAACUUGUGUCCUUAAAACA